CUCUCGCGGGACGUGUCGGAGCCAGGUCCGCCGCUCGCGCAGGAGCCGCCUUCCUGCCGCGCUCCUCGCUCCAAGAUGGCGACGCUGUCCGGCUCCCCCUCGGCCACGGGCCCUGGCCCGCCCGGCUACCGGCCCUUCGAGCCCGAGGCGCUGGGCCUGGCUCCGGGCUGGCGGCUCACGGGCUUCGGGGAGCUGCGCGGCUGAGGCUGCAAAGUCCCGCAGGAGACGCUGCUCAGGCUCCUGGCGGGACUGGGGGGGCCGCGCGCGGGGCUGGCGGCGGCCGGGCUCGAGACGGGGGGGCCCGAGGCCGGGGGGCCCUCGCUGGGCAUAGGGAUGGACUCCUGCGUCAUCCCCCUCAGGCAUGGGGGUCUCUCCCUUGUACAGACCACAGACUUCUUCUACCCACUGGUUGAGGAUCCCUACAUGAUGGGCCGCAUCGCAUGUGCCAAUGUGCUGAGUGAUCUCUACGCCAUGGGCAUCACCGAGUGCGAUAACAUGCUGAUGCUGCUGAGCGUCAGCCAGAAAAUGACAGAUGAGGAGCGUGAAAAGAUUAUGCCACUGAUGAUCAAAGGCUUCCGGGAUGCCGCAGAGGAUGGUGGGACAUCAGUGACAGGCGGGCAGACUGUGUUGAAUCCUUGGAUCAUUGUCGGGGGUGUUGCUACUGUGGUGUGCCAGCCCAACGAAUUUAUCAUGCCAGACAGUGCAGUUCCCGGAGAUGUGCUGGUGCUGACCAAGCCGCUGGGCACGCAGGUGGCUGUCAACGCUCACCAGUGGCUGGAUAAUCCUGAGAGGUGGAAUAAGAUUAAGCUGGUGGUGUCCAAAGAGGACGUGGAGCUGGCCUACCAGGAAGCCAUGUUUAGUAUGGCCAUGCUGAACAGGACAGCUGCCAGUUUGAUGCACACUUUCAAUGCUCAUGCUGCCACCGACAUCACGGGCUUUGGGAUCCUGGGCCACGCACAAAACCUGGCCAAGCAGCAGCGCAGCGAGGUCUCUUUUGUCAUCCACAACCUGCCUAUCAUCGCCAAGAUGGCUGCCAUCAGCAAGGCCUGCGGGAAUCGUUUUGGGCUGCUGCAGGGGACAUCCCCGGAGACAUCAGGUUGUGGCAUCAGUGCCAGCCCAUCAUGAACUGGAACUCAAAAGUGGACUCACAUAUUUGUGCUCCAUAAUGCACCUUAGCUGGAGAUGUCAUCUCAGAGUGUUGCGAUGCUGCUGUGGAACAUUCUUGCUAGGGCUGUGCUCUGCUGUGGGGGAAUUUUUGAUCCUUGAUGCUGGAAUAGGGAAGCGUUGGUACCAAAAUGCUGCCUUUCUCUCCCUUCCCUCCCCCAAUGCAUCUGUUAGCAAACUUUUGUUUCCACUUCAGUUGCUGAGAUACUAUCACCUGCCCCCACAUCCUCCUGGCUGUAGAGAGAGGAAGCUGCACUCAGCUAGUCUGUUAAAAUAGAAGUAAAAAUCCCCUUCUCACACACAUCUGUAAGAAAAUAGUGCGCUGUUCCUUGCCGUCAGUUCUUCACACCGGGUGAGACUGCUGGGACAAUGCAACAGGAGGUAAAAGGCCUUAAAAGGGAGCCUGCGAUAAUGCACCUGAAUGUGCUGGAGGAGUUGGAAUCACCUCAGCACCAGAGCACACCCUGCUGCCCAUGGGGGCCUUAGUGCUUCAGCAGCAGCCAAGGAAAGGUUGCUGUGGGGCUGUUGCACCUCCCAGAAACUGUUCUGAAUGUGGGCUGUAUUUUGCUUUUGAGUCCCUCUGUGUAAUCUCAUUAACUCUAAUUUAGCCUGAUUUCUGUUCCCCUUGCCUCACUGUGUUAGUGUCACCCUGAUUUGGCAUAAGAAUGGCCGGGCUGGGUCAGACCAAAGGUCCAUCUAGCCCAGUAUCCUGUCUUCCGUCCGUGGCCAGUGCCCCAGAGAGAAUGAACAGAAAAGGUCAUUAUCAAGUGAUCCAUUCCCUGUUGCUCAUUCCCAGCUUCUGGCAAACAGAGGCUAGGGACACCAUCCUGGCUAAUAGCCAUUGAUGGACCUGUUCUGCAUGAAUUUAUCUCGUUUUAAGUCUUGGCCAUCACAACAUCCUCUGACAAAGAGUCCCACAAGUUGACUGUGUGUUGUGUGAAGAAAUACUUCCUUUUGUUUUAAAUGUGCUUUUAAUUUGGUGGCCCCUAGUUCUUGUGUCAUGAGGAGUAAAUAACACUUAUUUACUUUC